GGGCCGGUUGCUGUCGGUUAACCCUGCCUGUACUGUGUGUCCUUACAGAGCAGAAGCUGAUAGCAGCAGCAGCAGCCCGGGGAUGGAUGAUCUCUGAAUGGUGCUAUUGACUACAUCAUCAUUGCUGGCAGUGUUGUGGCUCAUAUGGAAAACAUGGGGGUUCCAGUUUAGGAAGAACAGAGUAUGUUCUGAUACAUGCGAAACAGUCAUGGAUACAGACAAAUCAUGUACAGAGACUUCACAACAGAAGGAAGCGGAGGACCCAUCAGUAUCAGAAGAAUGUCUCAAAACACAAAUGGGAACCAGUCAACCACAAAAUGUAGGGCCAGCUUUACCUCCAGUUGUUCCAUCUACCACUACAAAACCAGAGCAGAAACAGUUGAAAUUUGCCCCUUCAAAAAGAAGUGAAUCUGAACCAAGGCACACAAAUGUAAGGAAACCACCUCUCUCGAGGUUUAUCCUGGGUUCUUCUGAGGACAACUCUUCUGAUGACGAGUGUGCUGUUGGCUCCUUCAAAAGCCCAAGAAAAAGCAGUCUCACCAGCAGUACAUCACAGACUCCAUCCCUAUCAUCACUACCGGAAGCAGGGCCAUUGACCACCACAAUGAGGUCCAGCAUGUCUGGAUUGCACCUCGUGAAGAAGGGACGAGAACAUAAGAAACUUGAUCUCCAGCGAGACUUCACUGUUGCUUCCCCAGCGGAGUUUGUGACACGUUUUGGGGGCAACCGCAUUAUUGAGAAGGUACUCAUAGCCAAUAAUGGAAUUGCUGCAGUCAAAUGUAUGCGGUCUAUUCGGAGAUGGUCUUAUGAAAUGUUCCGCAAUGAACGGGCAAUACGUUUUGUGGUUAUGGUUACUCCUGAGGAUCUUAAAGCUAAUGCAGAAUACAUCAAGAUGGCAGAUCACUAUGUUCCAGUCCCAGGAGGCCCAAAUAAUAACAACUAUGCCAAUGUUGAGUUAAUAGUUGAUAUUGCCAAAAGAAUUCCAGUUCAGGCUGUGUGGGCUGGAUGGGGUCAUGCCUCAGAAAAUCCUAAACUUCCAGAACUUCUGCAGAAACAGAACAUUGCAUUCAUGGGACCACCCAGUCAAGCAAUGUGGGCGCUGGGAGAUAAAGUGGCCUCAACUAUUGUUGCUCAGACUGUAGGGAUCCCCACACUGUCUUGGAGUGGAGAUGGUCUUACGUUACAAUGUGAUUUGGAAGACAAGCAGCAGCCAAACAUUAUUGGCGUCCCUCCUGAAGUGUAUGAACGAGGUUGUGUAAAAGAUGUAGAUGAAGGAUUAGAGUCUGCAGAAAAAAUUGGUUACCCAGUCAUGAUAAAGGCAUCCGAGGGUGGCGGUGGCAAAGGCAUCAGAAUGGCAGAGCGAGCAGAAGAUUUUCCCAAUCUUUUUAGACAGGUUCAAACAGAAGUUCCCGGAUCGCCUAUCUUUGUGAUGAAGUUAGCUCAGCACGCUAGGCACUUAGAAGUCCAAAUAUUAGCAGAUCAAUUUGGAAAUGCCAUCUCACUCUUUGGUCGUGACUGCUCCAUACAGCGACGGCAUCAGAAAAUCAUUGAAGAGGCCCCUCCCACUGUUGCUGCUCCUUCUGUCUUUGAAUACAUGGAACAGUGUGCUGUUCGCCUGGCUAAGAUGGUAGGCUAUGUUAGUGCAGGUACUGUCGAAUAUCUUUACAGUGAAGAUGGAAGCUUCCACUUUCUGGAACUGAACCCUAGACUGCAGGUGGAACACCCCUGCACUGAAAUGAUUUGUGAUGUCAAUCUUCCUGCUGCUCAGUUGCAGAUCUCCAUGGGAGUCCCCUUGUACAGGAUAAAAGACAUAAGAGUUCUGUAUGGAGAGUCACCAUGGGGAGAUUUACCCAUAUGCUUUGAAAACCCUGCCAAUGCCCCAAACCCAAGAGGUCAUGUUAUUGCUGCCAGAAUAACCAGUGAGAACCCGGAUGAGGGUUUCAAGCCCAGUUCAGGGACAGUUCAAGAGCUGAACUUCAGGAGCAGCAAGAAUGUGUGGGGAUACUUCAGUGUGGCAGCUGCUGGCGGCCUGCAUGAAUUUGCUGAUUCCCAGUUUGGACAUUGCUUCUCCUGGGGAGAAAACCGUGAAGAGGCUAUCUCGAACAUGGUUGUGGCUCUUAAAGAGCUAUCUAUACGAGGCGAUUUCAGGACAACAGUAGAAUACCUCAUCAAAUUACUGGAGACGGAGAGCUUCCAGAAUAAUGAAAUUGACACUGGGUGGCUGGAUCACCUGAUUGCAGAAAAAGUCCAGGCUGAGAAACCAGACAUCAUGCUUGGAGUGAUCUGUGGUGCUCUCAAUGUUGCAGAUGCCUUAUUUCAAACUUGCAUGAAUGAGUUCCUUCACUCAUUAGAAAGAGGUCAAGUCCUUCCUGCAGCCACACUACUUAACAUUGUGGAUGUUGAGCUUAUCUCCGAGAGUGUAAAAUACACUCUAAAGGUUGCCCGACAGUCUCUCACUACCUAUGUGAUCAUAAUGAAUAACUCUCACAUAGAAGUAGAUGUACAUCGUUUGAGUGACGGGGGCUUGCUGCUGUCUUAUGAUGGGAAUAGCUACACCACCUAUAUGAAGGAAGAGGUAGAGCGCUAUCGUGUCACGAUUGGUAACAAGACUUGUGUUUUUGAAAAGGAAAAAGACCCCACUGUACUGAGAUCCCCUUCUACUGGUAAAUUACUGCAAUAUACCAUAGAGGACGGGUCCCAUGUCAGUGCAGGAGAUUGCUUUGCAGAGAUAGAGGUAAUGAAGAUGGUCAUGACAUUACCAGUACAGGAGUCUGGUCACAUUCACUAUGUGAAGCGUCCUGGAGCUGUUCUAGAAUCUGGUUGUAUUGUGGCCCGGAUUGAUUUGGAUGACCCAUCAAAAGUCCAUCAAGCAGAACUGUACACUGGAGAACUUCUUCCUCAGCAGACCUUGCCCAUCACCGGAGAGAAGCUUCAUCAGGUGUUCCACAAUGUGCUUGAGAAUCUGAUCAAUGUGAUGAAUGGAUACUGUUUGCCAGAUCCAUACUUCGCUACCAAAGUAAAAGAAUGGGUGCACACGCUGAUGAAGACACUGCGGGAUCCUUCUCUACCUCUUCUAGAGCUGCAGGAGAUUAUGACCAGUGUAUCCACUAGGAUUCCACCCACUGUAGAGAAAGCUAUACGUAAAGUCAUGGCUCAGUAUGCCAGCAAUAUCACCUCAGUUUUGUGUCAGUUCCCUAGCCAACAGAUUGCCAAUAUCCUGGAUAGCUAUGCAGCCACGCUGCAAAGAAAAGCAGACAGGGAGGUGUUUUUUAUGAACACUCAAAGUAUCGUGCAGCUUGUGCAAAGGUACCGUAGCGGAAUUCGUGGCUAUAUGAAGUCAGUUGUGCUUGAUUUACUAAGAAAAUACCUACAGGUUGAAACACAAUUCCAACACGCCCAUUACGACAAAUGCGUGAUACAUUUACGGGAACAGUACAAACCAGAUAUGACUCCUGUGUUAGAAUGCAUCUUCUCACAUGCUCAGGUGGCCAAGAAGAAUACCCUUGUUACUAUGCUAAUUGAUCAGCUUUGCGGUCGAGAUCCAACGCUUACAGAUGAACUAAUGACUAUUCUUAAUGAACUGACUCAACUGAGUAAGACUGAGCACUCAAAGGUUGCACUGAGGGCUCGACAGGUUCUGAUUGCCUCUCACCUUCCCUCUUAUGAACUGAGGCAUAAUCAAGUGGAAUCAAUUUUUCUCUCUGCCAUAGAUUUGUAUGGACAUCAAUUCUGCCCAGAAAACUUGAAGAAACUGAUUUUGUCAGAGACCUCAAUCUUUGAUGUGCUGCCAAACUUUUUCUACCAUGUUAACCAGGUGGUUCGCAUGGCUGCACUGGAGGUGUAUGUGAGGAGAGGGUAUAUUGCCUAUGAAUUAAACAGCUUGCAACACCAUCAACUCCUGGAUGGCACUUGUGUGGUGGAAUUCCAGUUCAUGCUGCCAUCUUCUCAUCCAAACAGAGAGAUCAGCCCAACACUAAGCAGGAUGUCUCUGUUGGUCAGUGCCACACACCUGGAGCUAAACCGCCAGAGUAGUGAGCUCUUCAUGGACAAUGGUUUCUCUCCUUUGUGCCAGAGGAUGGGAGUUAUGGUGGCUUUUGACAAGUUUGAAGAUUUCACAAGGAACUUUGACGAGGUGAUUUCCUGCUUUGCAGACCCUCCCCCCUUGUUCAGUGAGGCCCGAUCUACUUUUUAUGAUGAGGAAGACAAUAAGAACGUCUGUGAAGACCCAAUCCACAUUCUAAAUGUGGCUAUAAAGUAUGCAGAUCAAAUGGAGGACGAGGAGUUGGUGACAAUGUUUAGAACUUUCUCACAGUCAAAGAAAACUAUCUUGGUGGACUAUGGUCUUCGGAGAAUCACCUUCUUGAUAGCUCAACAGAGAGAGUUUCCCAAGUUCUUCACGUUUAGAGCACGAGAUGAGUUUGCUGAAGAUCGUAUUUACAGACAUUUAGAGCCUGCCCUGGCCUUCCAGCUGGAGCUAAAUAGAAUGAGGAACUUUGACCUGACUGCUGUCCCUUGUGCUAACCAAAAAAUGCACCUCUAUCUUGGAGCGGCCAAAGUAGCAGCUGGCAUAGAGGUUACCGACUACAGAUUCUUCGUCCGUACUAUUAUUCGACAUUCUGACCUUGUUACAAAGGAAGCCUCUUUUGAGUACUUACAAAACGAAGGUGAACGUCUGCUCCUUGAGGCCAUGGACGAACUAGAAGUUGCUUUUAAUAAUACCAGCGUCCGCACUGACUGUAAUCACAUCUUUCUUAAUUUCGUUCCCACUGUCAUCAUGGACCCUUCAAAGAUUGAGGAGUCAGUCCGCUCCAUGGUCAUGAGAUACGGAAGCCGUUUAUGGAAGCUCCGAGUACUUCAAGCUGAAGUGAAGAUUAACAUCAGAUUAACUCCUACAGGCAAAGCCAUCCCCAUCCGUCUCUUUCUAACUGAUGAGUCUGGCUACUAUUUGGACAUCAGCCUUUAUAAAGAGGUGACCGAGCCCAGCACUGGACAGAUCAUGUUUCAUUCAUAUGGUGAUAAGCAUGGACAUAUGCACGGGAUGCUGAUCAACACUCCCUAUGUGACCAAGGACCUUUUACAGUCUAAGAGAUUCCAAGCUCAAUCACUAGGAACAACAUAUGUCUAUGAUUUCCCUGAGAUGUUCAGACAGGCUUUGUUGAAACAAUGGGGACCAGGAGAACCCCAAGCCUCAGAAAUUCUCACCUACACAGAAUUGGUUCUUGACAGCCAUGACGAGUUGGUUCAGCUGAACAGAUUACCUGGUGGAAAUGAGGUCGGAAUGGUUGCUUUCAAGAUGAAGAUUAAAACUCCUGAGUAUCCAAAUGGACGUGAGAUCAUUGUAAUCUGCAAUGAUAUCACCUACAAGAUUGGUUCCUUUGGCCCACAGGAAGAUAUGCUUUUUCUGCGGGCUUCAGAGCUUGCAAGGAAAGAAGGGAUUCCUAGAAUUUAUAUUGCAGCUAACAGUGGGGCCCGAAUAGGACUGGCGGAGGAAGUCAGACACAUGUUUCAUGUAGCUUGGAAUGAUCCCUCUGACCCUUACAAAGGCUUCAAGUAUUUGUAUCUGACGCCUCAGGACUACACUCGUAUUAGUUCUCUGAAUGCUGUGCAUUGUGAACAUGUGGAAGAUGAAGGUGAAUCCAGGUAUGUGCUGACUGACAUAAUUGGAAUAGAGGAAGGAAUCGGAGUGGAGAAUCUAAGAGGAUCAGGAACGAUUGCUGGCGAGUCAUCUCUGGCAUAUGAUGAAAUUAUCACCAUCAGCAUGGUCACAUGUCGUGCAAUUGGGAUUGGAGCCUACUUGGUGAGACUGGGUCAGCGUGUUAUACAAGUAGAGAAUUCCCAUAUUAUUUUGACUGGUGCAGGUGCCCUGAACAAGGUUCUUGGUCGUGAAGUGUAUACCUCUAAUAACCAGUUGGGAGGAGUGCAGAUUAUGUGUAAUAACGGGGUGUCUCACACUAUGGUCCCUGAUGAUUUUGAGGGAGUAUAUACCAUUCUUCAGUGGCUCUCCUAUAUGCCGAAGGACAAACAGAGCUCCGUCCCUAUCAUCUCACCUUCUGACCCAAUUGACCGUCAUAUUGAGUUUAUGCCAACGAAGGCUCCUUAUGAUCCCCGCUGGAUGCUUGCUGGAAGACCUCAUCCUAGUGUCAAAGGGACAUGGCAGAGUGGUUUCUUUGAUCAUGGUAGCUUUAAGGAGAUCAUGUAUCGCUGGGCACAGACUGUAGUUGUAGGACGCGCAAGAUUGGGAGGAAUACCCGUGGGGGUUAUUGCUGUGGAAACCCGAACUGUAGAGAUGGCAAUACCAGCUGAUCCAGCAAACCUAGAAUCUGAAGCUAAGAUAAUCCAGCAGGCUGGACAAGUAUGGUUCCCAGAUUCAGCAUUUAAAACUGCUCAGGCUGUAAGAGAUUUCAACCGUGAGGGCCUGCCCUUAAUCAUCUUUGCCAACUGGAGGGGAUUCUCUGGUGGUAUGAAGGAUAUGUAUGAUCAGGUUCUAAAGUUUGGAGCAUACAUCUUGGACAGCCUUCGAGAAUUCAAGCAGCCUGUUUUGGUAUACAUUCCACCAUAUGCUGAGCUAAGAGGAGGAUCAUGGGUUGUCAUUGACCCUACAAUCAACCCUCUGUACAUGGAGCUUUAUGCAGACAAGGAAAGUAGAGGUGGUGUCUUGGAAGCAGAGGGCACAGUGGAGAUCCGUUUCAGAAGGAAAGACCUCAUUAAGACCAUGAGGCGGCUAGACCCAAUUUAUAUCCAGAUUGUAGAACAGCUUGGUACUCCUGAGCUGACAGAGUUGGAGCGUAAGAGCUUAGAAAAUAAGUUGAAGGCGAGAGAGGAACAGCUACUUCCCAUUUACCACCAGGUUGCUGUGAAGUUUGCAGAUCUACACGACACCCCUGGGAGAAUGCAAGAGAAAGGAGUCAUUACAGAUAUUCUGGAGUGGAAACAGUCAAGGACUUUCUUGUAUUGGAGACUGCGACGCCUCCUCCUGGAGGAAGUGGUGAAGAGUGAGAUCCUUCACGCCAAUAGUGAGCUCAGCGACAUACACAUCCAGUCCAUGCUUCGCCGCUGGUUUAUGGAGACAGAAGGAGCUGUCAAGGCAUAUUUGUGGGACAAUAACCAAGUGGUGGUGGAGUGGCUGGAGAAACAUCUACAAGAGGAAGACGGUGCAAGAUCUGCUAUCCGGGAGAACAUAAAGUACUUGAAGAGGGACUAUGCUAUGAAGCAUAUCCGAGGUCUGGUCCUAGCAAACCCGGAAAUUACAAUGGACUGUAUUGUUCACAUGACCCAGCAGAUUACACCAGUUCAACGAGCCCAGCUAACAAGACUGUUAUCAACUAUGGAAAACACGCCUGCCAGCUGACAUUAAGUCAGGAAGACAUUGCUUGAUACCAAUAGACACUGUGAUUACGCUUAGUAUAGACAUCCUUCAACUUGCCAUCCAGACUGAGCUUGAGAACUGCUACCAAACUUUGCCAAUAGGUGCCUUUCAAGAAUGUACUUAAAAAGUGCCCAGUGUUACUGUGGGGCACAAGUUACUGAAACCAUGGGGGAGAUAUACUGAGACGGGAGUCACAGGCCUUUUAAUAAAUUUGGUGCAUUUCCAGGCAGUUCAUGGAGCUUUGGCCGCACCCCCUUAUGCUAACCCCCACCCACUUUUCUUGCCACUUUUAAAAAGUGACAAGACAAGUGAAAAGUCGCAAAUUAUUGCGCAAUUAUAAUGUGCACCAUAAUUUGCCACUUUUUUUACACCACAAUAACACUUUAGUAAAUGUCCCUACAUCUGCAUUAUGCUAAACAGUGUAUUUCUUGUCAACUGUCUUAUUACUUUUUAUGCCCAUAGAUUUAUUACAUGUUUGUUUUAAACCUUCGUGACAAAAUAUGUAAGAUGAUGCAAAUGGUUCACAAGCUGCUAUUUUCCAUAAUGCACUUUGACCCAAAUAUGUAAUUUUAUUACCUCUCCUCCCCCCCCCCCUCCAGAUCAAUCAUUCAAUACAUUCUGGGAGGUAGUAGCAAGCUAAUGCAUUAGGUGCUGCCACACAGUGCAGUUCUGACAUGAAUUCAGGAUGCAGUUUUCAAUUUAGCUGGUAUAGAAGCCUCAUUAAACCCUGGUCUUCUGCGCUGUGUGCCAGCAACCUUGGGUUAGGGCUACACGUCGACAGAAAGGGUACAACUACAUUGCGACGCACCAAUGUUGCAUGAUUAUUAUUUUUUUUUAUAAUCGUAGUCAGUGGUGUUGAACUGUGACAUACUGUGACACAACGGUCACACAAAAAUCCAGUUUGGAUGACCUGUUUGCGACUAUCGUGUCGCAGUAGCAGCAUUUCGCAGUGAAUUGAAAACACACAAUUGAAAAUCAUUAUAAAAAUUGUCUUGCGUCUUUUCAACGACAAGAAGUUGCACGACGCAUGUCGUCGUGUAACCCUAGUCUUAUUCACACAUCAGUGUUUUGGUCAGUGAUUUCCACCAAUGAUUGUGAGUAGUCUGCCUAGAUCCUAGAUCUGAAGUCAAUUAUUUCAAAACUUUGUUUGAAUGCUAUACGGAGAUUCGUCUCCGUACAGUAUUCAAAUUUUUGGGCUCCAGCCAGGCGAAGUGAGUUAUCACCAAAGUCUUGCGGGACUUCGGUGAAUAACUUUGGAAUUUGAUUUUUCAACAUUAAAACCAUUGUAAAACAUGUAUCCGAAGUCUGUUUUACAAUGCUUUUAAAGUUUUAAAAAUUUAAAUUAUUCACCGAAGUAUCACUUCGCCUCGCCGGAGCCCAUACAUUUGAAUGCUGUACGGAGACGGGUCUCCGUACAGCAUUAAAAGGAAGUUUUGAGCAAAUCUAGGAUCCGAAGCUUGAUUCACUUAGCACUACUUGUGAGCCAAAACCAGGA